AUGUCCAGGCAGGCUUACCCCGACUGUGGGCACGCCAAAGACAAGGGUGACCACCACCGCCGUGGCGUGGUCUGCCUUGGCAGGACCCACGCGGAGGCGGCACUCAGUGGCGACGACCCGGCCUGCGACAUCUGCGCUGGAAUGACGCUAGCGCGGGCCACCAAGCGUCUAGCGUAUUGGGAAUGCUCAGACGCCAGGAAGGCGACGCCAGCACCGUCGGGGGAGAUUCCCCCUGUAGGGCUGCGUGUUCCUUCGGCCCCGGGCAGCGUGGUGUCAGGCAACCGCUUUGUAGAUACAGCCACACCCGCUAGCCUCUCCCCGUCACCCUCACCCGCACGCCUGGUGGCCGCGGACCACGAGACGGUGGAGCUACCCCCUGGGUACGAAAACCAGCCUGUGUCAGAGCUGGACUUCAGCCUAGACAACGAGAGUCUGCUCGACUUCUCGGACGAGGAGGAGAUGCAGCUGGAAGUGGAUGUGAAGCAAAUUGACUAUGAGCAGGUUAGUUCCCGACCUAUUCAACUCAAAGCCCAGCCUGGCAGGCUACACGGAGAGUUGGCGCGCAUGUGCUGCUUCGCCAUGGGAGACACCCCGUUUCCACAGUUCAGUUCGGUGGUGAUGCUGGAUGACAUCCAGGUGGCCUACUAUGAUUCAAAUGAGAACAACCUGAUCUACAGACAAUUUAAGUCAGAACAUGAAGAUGAAGAGCAAAAAGAUGCAAGCUUUAUGUUUGAACACAUACAAAGCACCAUGAAAGAAUUAUUCUAUGCACACCAGUUCAACCGUACACAUGGAGUACAUACUCUGCAGAGAUUGGCUGGUUGUGAGCUACUUGAUGAUGACACCCCUGGUCCACUCCGACUAUUCAAUGCGUUCAACGGAGUGAAAGACUCAGUGUUGCAAUUCAAUGUGAAACAGAAGACUCUUCAGGCUGAAGGUGUCUGGCAGAUAGAGUGGAGCCAAAGCACACAAGAAUAUAAUGAGUGGAUGUUCACACAUUUUUACAGCCCAAUCUGCAUUAAAGUCCUGAAGAACUGCCUCCACAUGAAGAAAAAUCAUGUGAUGAGAAAAGUGAAGCCCAGAGUCAGGCUCCUCCAGAAGACACUCCCAGACUCUGGAGGGGCCAAAGUGACCUGCCUGGCCACUGGUGUCUACCCCCGUCACAUCAACCUGACCCUGCUCAGAGACGGACAACCUGUGUCUGACCACCAGAUCACUGGGGGGGAGCUGCUACCUAAUGGAGAUGGAACUUACCAGAUGAGGAAGAGCCUGGAGGUCAGCGCAGAGGAACUAGGAGUGAAACACCUUUACUCCUGUACAGUCGAACACCUCAGCCUGGACAACAAGCUAGAUGUCAAACCAGAUCUUGAUCCAGGUGUAGGCACUGUGUCUAUAGUGAUUCCUGUUGUAGUGCUUGGAGUUGCACUUCUGUGUAUGGUUGGAGCUGUGGUCUUCAUGCGCCGUAGAAGACGCAGCUCCACCCUCUGA